CGUGCCACCGAAAUCAAAUUCUUCAAUCUCCCGCAUCAUACUUCAUAACGCCUCUCUUUUUCCUCUCUCUCUCUAGCCCCAAGCAUACCAGAUUACCAGACCAGCACACCUACAUUUCUCUCUCUAGAACUCCAUUGACUAGGGUUUGGUUUGGGAGAAGAGGCAGCCGGAAAUGGGGCAGCAGUCGUUGAUCUACAGCUUUGUGGCGAGAGGCACGGUGAUCCUCUCCGAGUACACGGAGUUCACCGGCAAUUUCACCAGCAUAGCUUCGCAAUGCCUCCAGAAACUUCCUGCUACCAACAACAAGUUCACUUACGACUGCGAUGGCCACACUUUCAACUACCUCGUCGAUGAUGGCUUCACAUAUUGUGUUGUUGCCGUAGAAGCUGUUGGCAGACAGAUUCCUAUUGCAUUUCUUGAACGCAUUAAGGAAGAGUUUACCAAGAAAUAUGGAGGUGGAAAAGCCGCUACAGCUGUUGCUGGUAGCUUGAAUAGAGAGUUCGGGCCCAAGAUGAAGGAGCAGAUGCAGUACUGUGUGGAUCAUCCAGAAGAGAUCAGUAAGCUAGCAAAGGUGAAAGCUCAGGUUUCAGAAGUCAAAGGGGUGAUGAUGGAAAACAUCGAAAAGGUUCUUGACCGUGGUGAGAAGAUUGAGAUUCUAGUAGACAAAAGUGAGAACCUUCGCUCACAGGCACAAGAUUUCAGAACAAAUGGAACUCAGGUGAGGAGGAAGAUGUGGUUACAGAACAUGAAGAUAAAGCUCAUUGUCCUGGGGAUUAUCAUCGCCUUGAUUCUGAUUAUUGUAUUGUCAGUUUGUGGGGGUUUCAAAUGUUAAUUUUGUUUCAUUAGGAUGGCAAUACCGGAAAUCAGAAGUCUUAUAUCAUUCCAUUUUAUUUGCUGCUGCACGCCUGCACAUUUCACUUUGUAGCCUAUAUAUAACAUGUGACACGUACAUUCCCUUGUAUAGUGUGUUCACCGAAUUUAUUAUUAGUACUAUUAUUUAUUAUUAGUGUGAUAAAUAUUACGGAGUAGUAUUUAUUAUUUGUGAUAUAAAUGCCUAUAUUAGAUUCAAACAGCCGAUUCAAA